AACUAACCCAUUUGUCUCGAUCUAUCUAUCUCUCUCUAUAUAUUACACACAAACUUUAUUACUCUCAUCAACUUUCCUUUCUUUACACAACUUUUUUAAUACAUUUUGAUCUUGAACACAACCCACCACAACAUUUUCAAAUGGGCAAAUCAUUUCACUCAACUUUGUUCAUUUUGAUAACCAUAUUAACCAUAGCUUAUGCACAAAAUUGCAACACUGUUACAUUCUCAAACAACAAUGUGUUUGCAACAUGUGUUACUUUACCUGUUUUAAACUCACAACUUCAUUGGAACUAUCAUCCAACAAAUGCUAGUGUUGAUGUGGCCUACCGACAAACCGGAGUCUCAAACUCACAAUGGGUGGCUUGGGGACUUAAUGUUGGUGGGUCUGGUAUGGUUGGAGCUCAAGCUCUAGUUGGUUUAAUAAGCUCCAAUGGGUCGGUUCAAGGCUAUACUUCAUCGGUUAGUGGUUAUGGGACUGGUUUGCAGCCUAGUGACUUGAGUUUUGAUGUGCCUAGGAUCAGGGCUGAGAUGGUUAAUGGUGAUGUGGUGAUUUAUGCAACUUUGGUGUUGCCUGCUGGGAGGACUAGUUUUAACCAGGUGUGGCAAGUGGGUCCUGUUACCAAUGGAGCUCCAGGGAUCCAUCAGAUGGGUAAUGCUAAUAGGAAUUCAGUUGGGAAUGUGGACUUUUCUACUGGCCAAACCACGGCUAACAGUGGUAGCGUUGGUGGUUCACGGCGGCGCAAGAGAAAUACUCAUGGAGUGCUGAAUGCUGUGAGUUGGGGAGUAAUGAUGCCGAUGGGAGCCAUGGCUGCAAGAUAUCUAAAGGUGUUCAAGGGAGCUAACCCAGCCUGGUUUUACAUCCAUGUUACUUGCCAAGCUUCAGCCUAUAUUGUUGGUGUAGCAGGAUGGGCCACUGGACUCAAACUAGGAAGCGACUCCACCGGUAUCAGAUAUAAUACUCACCGCAACAUCGGAAUUGCUCUAUUUGUCCUUGGGACUAUUCAGGCGUUCGCUCUGCUCCUGAGACCAAAACCAGACAACAAAUACAGAUUUUACUGGAACAUUUACCACCACAGCAUGGGAUACGCUGUCAUCAUCCUGAGUAUCAUCAAUGUAUUCAAGGGGUUAGAUAUCUUGGACCCUGAGAAGAAGUGGAAGAGGGCCUACAUCGGAAUACUUAUCUCUUUGGCAGUCAAUGCCGUUAUUUGGGAAGCUUACACAUGGUUCAUUGUUUUGAAAAGGAAGAAAGAAGACAAAAGAACACAUGUGGGCAAUGGCUACGGCCAAUCGGCAUAGAGGUGACGCCUGUGGCUAAACGAUCAAAUGCUAAUUUAUAUUCUAUGUUUUGAUGAUUUAUUGAGAGGAUUUAUAUUUUGGAUAUGACUGUAAUCUUUUUAGUGGUAUAUAUUAUGUAUUAAACAUUUCAUCA